AUGAACAAAUCUUGUGUAACAGUUGUGCUUUUUUACUGCAUCUGUUUAUUGGGUUUCUUAUUGCAUGUUAAAGCAGAGCAAUACGAAACCUCUGAAAAUCCAAAUUUUUCUAUUCGUUACAAUCUCACACUUGUUACUGGAAAUGGUGAUAAGAGAGGAACAGGCGUUCCUUACAGUAUUGUAAUGACAAGACCUGUGGGAUUGGCAUAUUCUCAAAAGAGGAACACUAUUUAUCUUUCUGAAGGUAAUUUGAUGAGAAAACUUGACUUGACAACUGGCAUGACUUAUAUAUUUGCAAAUGUUGAAAAUCCUGGUUUGCUUGCUUUCUCUCCUAAUGAAACAACUCUCUACGUAUGCUUCCCACUCUCAAAUAAGGUUCAAAGAAUGGACUUUCUUCCAAAUGGAACCGAAAUCUUUUCAGAUUUUGCUGGAAAUGGAAAUUCUGGAAAUACAGGUGAAGGUGGCUUGGCUAUUAAUGCUCAAUUGAAUCAACCAAGUGGUGUAGCAGUUGAUUCAAAUGGUGAUGUUUACAUUUCAGAUUCUGGAAAUGGUUUAAUCAGAAAGGUUUCCAUCUCUUCAGGAAUAAUUACAAAAUUUGCUGGAACAAGUCAAGGAUUUGCAGGAGAUGGUGGUUUGGCAAAGAAUGCCAAGUUGAGUAAUCCAAGAGGAUUGAAUUUUGGUCCAAAUGGUGAUUUGUACAUUGCAGAUUCUGAUAAUAAUGUGGUGAGAAGAAUUAAUUCGAGUGGAAUUAUUACAACCAUUGCAGGUGAUACCACAUCAGGUUAUUCUGGAGAUGGAGGUGAUGCUAAAUUGGCAAAGAUGAAAAAUCCAAUCAAUGUUAUUGUCUCAAAAACUAAUGAAAUAUUCAUUAGUGAUGCAGAUAAUAAUGUUAUUAGAAAGGUUUCCAAUGGAAAUAUUUCAACAAUUGCUGGUAAUGAAUUGGUGGGUUCUGGAUUCAGUGGAGAUGGAGGAGAUUCUAAAAACGCAUUGAUUUCCAUGGUACAAGGAUUUGUAUGGAUCAAUGAUGAGUUGGUAUUUGGAGAUUUGGUAAAUUCUAUUAGAAAGAUCAGUAAGAGUGGAAUCAUUUCAUCCCUCACACAAAAACUUCCAUUCACUGGUGAUGGUGUUAAUGUAGAUUUGAGUUUUAUACUCUAUCCUAAAGGUAUUUGUGUGAAUGAGAAUACAGGUGAUAUUAUUUUUUCAGAAGCUUAUGGAGAUACUAUUCGAAAGAUUGCCAAGAAUAGAAUAAUUACAAAAAUAGCAGGUAUUGGAAGUGCCAAUAAUUCUGCUGGAGUUGAAAAUGGGCAAGCGCUCUCUGUUUCUCUUCAUAUGCCAAGUCUUAUUCAAUGUCAACCAAAUGGUGAUGUUUAUGUUGCUGAUUAUUUCUCCAAUCUCAUUCGUUUAGUUUCGACCAAUGGCAGUAUAACGAAUGUUGCUGGAACUGGUGUUGGGGGAUACAGUGGAGAUGGUGGUAAUGCUAAAUUAGCCAAAUUGAAUGCACCUAAUUCAGUCAAAGUUUCUUCCAGUGAUGAAAUUGUUAUUGCAGACACUUCCAAUAAUGUUAUUCGAAAGGUUUUCAAAAAUGGAACAAUUAUUACAAUUGCUGGUACUAUUGGAAGUCAGGGAUACAGUGGAGACAAUGGUCUAGCAAUUAGUUCAGUUCUUUCCAGCCCAUCAGAUGUUGCUAUUGCACCAAAUGGUGAGGUAUUCAUUGCCGAUUGGGGAAACCAUGUUAUUCGAAAGAUUGAUACUAAAGGUAUCAUUACAACAAUUGUAGGCAAUGGCACAGAAGGUAAUGGUGGUGAGGGAUUUAAUAGACCUCUAACUGCUCAAUUGAAAUUUCCAAAAUCAAUCUCACUUUCGAAAGAUGGAGAAUUGUUCAUUUCAGAUUACAAUGGAAUUAAGAAAUUAACAGUGAAAGGAACAAUUGCUCAUAUUGCUGGAGUUGGAGAUGAUAGAUAUGUUCCUCUAACUCAAAAUUACCUCUCAGAUGCCACAACUGCCUCAGUUUUCACAGAUCAAAUUCACAUCAUGUCAAAUGGUGAUUUGAUUAUUGGCAUUGGAAAUGGUUAUGACAAUGGCAAGAUCUACAAGCUAUCCAAACUCACUUGCACCCAACCAAACUAUUCUCCAGACAGCACCAACACUUUCUGUCUCCCUUCAUGUUUUGGUUUGAUUGCUGACAGCAACAAUAUCUGCUCAGGAAAUGGUUCAUGCAUUUCGACCAAUACCUGCCAAUGCAAGCCAGGAUAUACUGGAGCCCAAUGUCAAUCUCGUAUUGAACCAACCAUUUCCAAACAACCAGCCUACCCUCUCACAAGUAGCUCCUCAAUUCUUCCUCAAAAAUCGAAAGGAGUGAUUGGAGGAAAUUCCAAUCCACGUGGAGUUGCUUCGAGUGUUUGCGUUGGAAUGAAAAUUUCUGGAAUUUUGUUGAUUUUAUGGGUCGUUCUGAUGUUUUGCUUUUAA